GAGCAGGAGCCGUAGCCUUAUCAGGCCCGGCACCGUCCGCCAGGCCCAUCCAAAAUGAAUAUGAAAAAACAAACUUCUUUAAUCCCGAAAGCGGACAAAGAGCACCCCUCAACCUCAAUUAG